AUGGCGCUGUUGGUGGACAGCCUGCUGGCUCUGCCAGGCUGUCUGCGGGCUGCAGCUUUCUGGAGCCUGGUCUACUCCUACUGUCUGCUCUGCGCCUGCACUGCGCUCCUCAAACUUUUCUGCAGCAUCCUCAUCAGGCCAAGGAGCACCUUCAGGAGGAUCCCUAGGGAGGUCACCCCAAGCUGCCUCAAUGACCCCUUCCUGGGCACACACUGCUAUGUCCGGAUCAAGGAUUCCGGAUUACGAUUUCACUAUGUUGCUGCAGGAGAACGAGGAAAACCUCUUAUGCUGCUUCUACACGGGUUUCCAGAGUUCUGGUAUUCCUGGCGUCACCAGUUACGAGAAUUUAAGCGUGAAUAUCGGGUGGUGGCUCUUGAUUUACGAGGAUACGGCGAAACAGAUGCACCUUCUAGUAAAGAUAAUUAUAAAUUAGACUAUAUAAUUGUGGAUGUAAAAGAAAUUUUGGACUCUUUAGGUUACACCAAAUGUGUCCUUAUUGGCCAUGACUGGGGUGGGAUGAUUGCUUGGUUGAUUGCUAUAUGCUAUCCAGAGAUGGUCACCAAACUUAUUGUUUUGAGUUUUCCCCAUCCAACUGUAUUUACAGAAUAUAUUCUACAACACCCUUCACAAUUGAUUAAAUCCGGUUACUACUUCUUUUUCCAAAUGCCUUGGUUCCCUGAACUCAUGUAUACUGUAAAUGACUACAAGAUCCUUAAAGAUCUGUUCACUAGUGAAUCCACUGGAAUCUGGAGGCACAAAUCCAGAUUCACGGAGGAGGACAUGGAGGCAUACCUUUAUGUGUUUUCCCAACCAGGAGCCCUCACUGGUCCUCUGAACCAUUAUCGGAAUAUCUUCAGCUGCCUACCAUUAAAGCAUCACCAGGUGACCAUGCCAACUCUGCUACUAUGGGGAGAACACGAUGCGUUUGUUGAAGUGGAGAUGGCCGAACUAACCAGAGUUUAUGUGAAGAAUUACUUUCAGCUAUCAGUCUUGUCACAAGGCAGCCAUUGGCUUCAGCAAGAUCAGGCAGAAUUGGUCAACACCUUGAUAUGGACUUUUCUACAUGAAGACAGAUUUCGAAUAAAAGACUGAUUUUGGCACUAUUAUUUAGACACACAAAAAAGGUCUAUUCUUGCUUUUUUCAAGUCUUUACUGCUAGGAAAAAUCACCUAGCAGGAAGAUGAUCUAUUUAUUAAAUUAAAAAAACGACAGAAGUUAUCUAACAA